UGGCUUCAGGGAAGUCUCUCAUCUGCCCUGUUGUUUUUACAUAGGUGCAAGUUUGCUUCAUUAAACUGAUGUGUUUAAUCAUCAAUUCACACACCGAGCUGACUGACCAGAACGCUCUGUGUCUUCUCAUCCCUCCCUGUCCUGUUGUCUUAGUCUGCGUGUAGCGUACGUGAAGGCAGGACAUGGCGUCCAACUCCACCACCAAAUUUUUCGCUAUUUCCCAGUCGUUUAGCGUAUCUGAUAUCAUCGUGAUCGGGGCGUAUUUCUUACUGAACAUCGGAGUUGGGAUAUGGUCAUCUUGCAGAGUUAGCAGAAAUACACUCAGCGGAUAUUUCCUGGCUGGCAGGGACAUGGCUUGGUGGCCGAUCGGGGCAUCUCUGUUUGCCAGCAGUGAAGGUUCAGGAUUAUUCAUUGGUCUGGCCGGUACAGGAGCUGCUGGGGGAAUCGCUGUGGCCGGGUUUGAAUGGAAUGCAACUUAUGUCCUCUUGGCUCUUGCCUGGAUCUUUGUCCCAGUUUAUGUCUCUUCUGGGAUUGUCACCAUGCCAGAAUAUUUGGGUCGGAGGUUUGGAGGAGAAAGGAUUCGCAUGUACUUGUCAGCUCUUAGUUUGAUGUUGUCGGUGUUUACUAAGAUUUCAACAGACCUGUAUUCAGGAGCUCUGUUUGUCCAGGUUUGUUUGGGUUGGAAUCUUUACCUCUCCACUGUACUCAUGUUAGUGGUAACGGCACUCUACACUAUUGCAGGCGGCUUGGCUGCUGUAAUCUACACCGAUACUCUUCAGACCUUCGUCAUGAUCAUUGGAGCAGUCAUCCUCACCAUCACAGCAUUUAAUAAGAUCGGAGGCUACAAUAACCUGGAGAGUGUGUAUUUGAAAGCCAUACCAUCGAAGAUCAUCCCAAACACGACAUGUCACCUGCCCAGAGCUGAUGCUAUGCACCUGUUCAGAGACCCUGUCCAUGGAGACUUACCCUGGCCAGGCAUGACACUGGGUUUAACUAUUCUUGCAACAUGGUACUGGUGCACAGAUCAGGUAAUCGUGCAGAGGUCUCUGUCAGCCAAGAAUCUGAGUCACGCCAAAGGAGCCUCCAUCUUGGCCAGCUACCUCAAGAUGCUUCCCAUGAUCUUCAUCAUCCUACCUGGCAUGAUCAGCAGGGCCCUCUACCCAGACACAGUGGCCUGUGUUGACCCUGAGGAGUGUCUAAAGGUGUGUGGUGCAGAGGUGGGCUGUUCCAACAUUGCUUUUCCAAAACUGGUCAUCGAACUCAUGCCAAGCGGUCUCCGAGGGUUAAUGAUAGCUGUAAUGAUGGCUGCCCUGAUGUCAUCACUGACUUCCAUCUUCAACAGCAGUAGCACACUCUUCACAAUGGACAUUUGGAAGAAAUAUCGUAGAGGUGCCAGUGAGAAGGAACUGCUGCUGGUUGGCAGGAUAGUGACUGUAAUUCUGGUGGUGAUAAGCGUGGUUUGGAUCCCAAUUCUUCAGAGCGCCAACAGCGGUCAGCUUUACGUCUACAUCCAGUCAGUGACCAGCUACCUGGCCCCUCCUGUGACGGCCAUAUUUGUAUUGGCUGUUUUCUGGAAAAGAACCAAUGAGGCGGGAGCAUUCUGGGGCCUGAUGGUGGGUUUAACGGUGGGACUGACACGGAUGAUCCUAGAAUUUGCAUUCCCUCCCCCCCGCUGCGGUGUGUUUGACCCUGCACCUGCCGUCCUAAGAAGAGUACACUACCUGCACUUUGCCAUUAUUCUCUGCGGCCUUACUGCUAUUGUCGUUGUUGUGAUUAGUCUGCUAACUCCACCACCCACUGAAGAACAGAUGCAUAAUCUGACGUGGUGGACUCUGAACCACACCAGUGAAAGAGAAAUCGCUCUACAGAAAGUUUCCACGCUAAGCCGCAGGACAGAAGGCUGCGAGUCUGUGCGCAGGGGUAAAUGCGUUCGCACUGCCGGGUUCUGUAGUCCCCGACCUGGGCGACUUGCGGCUGGGACUCCGCCUCCCAGGAUUCCAACCAUCAGAGAGGAUCCGUUCUGGUCUCGCUUCUGCUGCGUCAAUGCCAUCAUUCUCGUGGGCAUUAACAUCUUCCUGUACGCUUACUACGCGUAAUGGGCACAUGCAAAUGUCACACGCAUCUGUUUUUGUCCAUACAUGCAUCAUUUUGCUCUUCCACAAGUGAUUACAGACAGUAAAUCUGAUGCCAGCAUGAUUGGAUAAUGCAUUCAUUGCAGUGGUUAAAUCAUGAUACAGUAUGACAUAGGACAGAUAUAAUGGUUGAGUUAUCCCUUUUUAAAAAUACAUAUGUGCAAAAUAGUGAUUUUCAAAAUUCCAGAUGCAGUUCAGUGUGAAAAGGCCUUAGCUUUGUAAGCUUAUUUACAACUGGAGGAUUGUGUAAUAUGUAUAAUGUUAAUGUGUUUUAACUUAGCUUUUGAUAUGAAUAAGCUUAAAGCGGAUGUUUCUCAUUUUUCCUAUUUGAGCUUAAAAUCCAAACAAAUAUAAGUAACCUAUUGGUAGAUUGAGUUCCCAGAAAACUGUGAACUGUGAUACUUGAGCUUUCAAAACAUUAAUGGGAUUCUUGGAGAUUAAAGUUUAUCAUCAAGCAGUCAUAUGCAUUAGAUCUUGGUAUUAGUUUAAGUGUCUGGUAAUAUGCUCACGCUUAAAAACUUAAAAUUAUCCGACACUCCCAAAUGGGUGGGUAUAAGUUUAACUCCAGGCAGUCUUGGUUUAUCGAAAUAAAUAAAAAAUGAUUAUAAGAUGUAAUGUAAUAAUGUAAUGUAAUGUACUUUUGAUAAAUCACUAUGUAAUGUGUCUCAAUAAUAAUUAUAUCUAUAAUAGCGUGAGAAUAUCUUGGGAGGAAAGACAGUUUGUAAAUGAUUGUAAGGGCGUUACAUUUUAAAGGUUAUAAAAAGAAUAUUUGAGCUUGUUCAAUAUUUAGUUUUUUCUUUUAGUUUAUUUGUUUUAUUGUGAAAAUGCAUAUAAAUAAUGGAUAUAUUAAAAAAUAAGAAGCAAGUGUUCGGGAUUGGUGUGUUUGU